ACAAUUAAACAAAAUAUCACGGUCAUACAAAUUUUCUGGCCAUACGGCAAGGUCCGGACCAGGUGGACUACUACUCGUGGCAACCUGAAAUGCACAUCUUCAGGCACAAGAUCAUUUCAAACUUAUCAACACUGUUACAGUCGAACAACAAUGCGCAUUUUGGGAUAAUUAGCGAGGAUUCAUUGGUGACCAACAAAAAACUGGAGUUUGGCCUAGGAACGAUUCAGUGCCAGGCAGUGCAGGGAGUCAACGAACUAAUCGUCAAAUGCCUCGAUAAAAAUGGCACCAGCUGGCUGUCCGUUGUGGACAGGUGGGAUGCAAAACAGCUGCUGGCCGUGGCAGCCACCAACGAAUCGCCGAUUUUGCUGCUAACUUCAAAGGCCGUGGAACUUUGGAAAGUUAGUGAAAAGCGAAAACACACUUUAAUCCGUCACCUGCUGGACAUACAGGCAGAGCAAAUGGCGCUGAUCCGGCGUGGCGUGGGCAUGCAGAGCAGCUAUGUGGCUUUUCUCACGUCGUCGCCGGCAGCAGACAUUAUGAUUUACAGCUUUAACAACGAGGACAUGAGCAACUUUCAGCUGGACAAAGUUCUGGAGCUGCGAGAUUCACAUCAGCCGCGUGAAAUGCGCUUCAUGCAUCUACCUGAAUCGGAGGACCUGCUGCUCUGCGUGUCCAAUGCCUUGCCCGAGCAGCCGCUGACAAUCUACCAGCAUCAAGGCGCAGCGGGAUUCCAGAUAAUCCUUGGCGACAGCGCUUUGCCUGAAGUGCUGUUGCUGGAGGUGUUGCAGCUUCCCCACAAACAACUUCACUUCUUAGCAGUUGCCACAAGCAACUCCGUCUACUUGGUGCUGCCGCAGAUUACUCCACUUUGAAAUCACAGUUUCGUCACAUUUUGUUAACACUCGUUUCGUUUUUUUUUUCUAAAUAAAAAUUUACUUUUUAUUAACCGUA